GAAGAGAACGACCUUAUUUACCUCGAACGACAUUGUAACAGCAUUACAAACGAAGAAUUCGUACGUAUGACGACAAGAAUGAAGAGGCAGGUUGAUUCUGUUCUGCUACUGGGUUUUCUAUAUUUAGCGAGCACCCUCGCCACGGUCGAAGCUGUUCAUCACAAGGGACCAGAGGAAGCUAUCCUCGAGGGACAACCAUGGAGAAUAUCAUGCCAUGAUCCGCCUGGAAAUAAGGUUGAAUGGAGGAAAAAUGACCAAGAAAUUCCGCAACUCAAGACUGGCGAGAUUACUGUUGAUCCACUUAAGAAUGGAACAUCAGCAAUAUACAGUAGCUCUGCUACGGAAGAGCAUAUGGGGACAUACCGAUGUGCUCAGGGCGGCGACGCUAUCACCUUGGAGAUUGAAAGCGCAAUAAAAUACACAGUGGUGACGAAAGAAAGAUUACCGUUGAAAUUGGAUUGUGAGAAUCGUAGGGGCGAUGAAAAAGUUGCGUGGUUCUACGAGAAUAAACCAAUAUUGGAAUAUUUGAAGGGAAAAAGUCAUCCUUCGGCUCAAGUUAAUGAAUACGAUGAUACACUCAGCAUCACCUCAGAAGUAAAUGCUACGGGAACAUAUGUUUGCAAUCUCAUUGGAAUUCCUAAUGCCACCACGACUUUCAAAGUAGUUGAGAAACCACUCAAACCGUUUUUCCCGAAGUCCGUGACAGUGGUUGAAGGUGAAAAAUUGACAGUGACAUGCACCAAUGACCACCACGGUUCAAACAUCAAAGUUUUAUGGUACUUUGCUAAUGAAACUUAUACAUCAGAUGUUGGACGAGUGAAAUUAUUACCAAAUGGCAAAGUCAAGGGUGGCACACUGUCUGUCGAAAACAUCCAAAUGAAAGAUAGGGGCACGAUAAUGUGCGUUGUAGGAUACGAUUGGAACCACCUUACUGAUUACAAUAUAUCCUCCAAUGCGACAACACAUCUGAGAGUUAAAGACAGGCUUGCAGCGUUGUGGCCAUUCCUCGGUAUCUGCGCUGAGGUCGUCGUCCUGUGUGCAAUCAUUCUCAUCUACGAGAAAAAACGUAAUAAAUCAGAGCUGGAAGAAUCAGAUACUGACCAAAGCCCUGACACCAAACCGACGCCCAACAAGGACUCGGACGUAAGGCAGAGAAAGUGAGCAACAAGGAUGUAAUAAAUAAUUCAAAAUUAGGCGAAGUAAGAGCAGCGGUGGGGCACACUUAACAAUUAAAUAACAAAACUGGACCCACGAGACUACUCGUCCUUCAACUCUUAUACAUUAUUCUUAGUCUCUAAAAGGGAUGAAAAUAAAAAUAAUUUAUAAUGUCGGAAAAAUGGAAUAAUAUUAAUGCCAAGAGAAUCACUCGCCACCGUUGUUCUCUUCUUUGCCAUCCAGGAAUUAAAAUUAAACUGAUACAAAACUUUAUCGAAUGACGAGUGCACUGAUGUCAGGAUUGAUUUGGUGAAGACACAGGUCAUUCGAAUCGAACAAGGUUGUGCCUUGUCCGAGCGUCAACUACUCCUCUAUCAUGUGAAUUUUUUUUUUCUUUCGGAUUUUAUUUACAGUGAAAAACAAUAUCUACCGAAAGAACAUUAACAUUAUUGGUUGAAUCAAUCUAUAUUUGUUGUCUUUUAGUGUCAUUUUUUAAAAAGCCAAUUAAUCACGUAAUAUAUAUGGAAAAUGUUAUGCGCACUGACGAUACUGAAAAUUGAAAUUAUAUCAAUAGUGCGCACGGUACCGUAGUAUUAUAAUUAUUGUUAUUGCCAUCAAAAUUCCAUUAAUGUGUGAAUUAUUCGACGACGCUUGGAAACAAACUGCCGUCGCUGUCGUUGAGAUUUAACAUGGUUGAUGAUAAUUAAUCAACAGCCACAUAAACUUUAUAAAUUUUAGAAGUAAUCUUUAUCCGUUAGCGCAGUCGAAAAUCGGGAAAUGUAUAAUUUAAUUUUCUUUCUCCAUCUCUCUUGCUAUUUUUUCUCUUCUAUUGUUGCCAUUUGGGUCGGGGAUUAAAAUGUGCCUCCGAACGAACAGAAAAAAAACACUAUUAUGUACCAUUUAAUCGCAUUGAGAUAACUUUAAUUGAGCCAAUGUGUGUCGCUGAAAAUCAUAGUGUGUAUGAGACAUAUGAGAAACUGAAACACUAAAAAUUGGACAGGGUCACGACAAUGGCCUUGUCUGUAGUAUCUCGUUAGGCCGACCCAAUUCCUAAGAAAUGUAGCAAAAAACGGGGAAAAAAACAUGCUCGAGUGUCACGUACAUACCAUUGUUGUGUAUCUAAAAUUUCAGUGACAAUUCUUUUUCAAAACCAAAAAGAAUGCAUAAACAAGGAACAAUGGACAUACUUGUAGAAUUGACAGGAUCAGUUUCGCAAUAUUCAUCAUGAUAAGAAAAAAAAAAAGUAGAAAUAUUGACGUUAAGAGUUUCUGCCAUUUUGACUUGUAUAGCUGAUGUGAUAAAACACAAAUAGCAUGGGGAGAGUGCUAGCGCACACAGGCAAAUUACUACACUCAGUCUUCUAUAAAUAAGAAAAUUAAACAGCAUGUUACAGCAUUAAAAUUAGACUUAAGAGAGUGUUUUAACGUUAACGAUUUAUUGAUGAAUAGUGGAAGAGUCCAGGGGAGCCCAUAUGCCUUUACGUUAAGUACUUAAAUAAAAAACAAAAGGAAGUAAAACGAAA